CCUUGGCCCUCCCCUUCCAGGAUGGGUAGGGUGGAAGACGGGGUAACAGCUGAGGAGCUGGAGGACUGGGACCCAGGCACCAGUGCCCUGCCAGCUCCUGGGAUCAAGCAGGGUCCCAGGGAACAGGCAGGUACGGGGCCCCUGUCCCAAAAGUGCUGGGAGCCUGAGCCUGAUACUCCCAGCCAGCCUGGCCCAGCCCUUUGGUUCAGGGGUCGGGCCCACACUCAGGCCUUGGCUGGCGGCUCCUCACUGCAGCAGCUGGACCCCGAGAACACAGGCUUCAUCGGUGCGGACACCUUCGCUGGCCUGGUGCACAGCCAUGAGCUGCCCCUGGACCCGGCCAAGCUGGACAUGCUGGUGGCCCUGGCUCAGAGCAACGAGCAGGGCCAGGUCUGCUACCAGGAGCUGGUGGACCUGAUCAGCAGCAAGCGCUCCAGCAGCUUCAAGCGGGCCAUUGCUAAUGGACAGCGGGCACUGCCCCGGGACGGGCUGCUGGAUGAGCCGGGCCUAGGUGUCUACAAGCGGUUUGUGCGUUACGUGGCCUAUGAGAUCCUGCCCUGCGAGGUGGACCGCCGCUGGUACUUCUACCGUCACCGCAGCUGCCCACCCCCCGUGUUCAUGGCCUCGGUCACCCUUGCCCAGAUCAUCGUGUUCCUGUGUUACGGGGCCCGCCUCAACAAGUGGGUGCUGCAGACCUACCACCCCGAGUACAUGAAGAGCCCCCUCGUGUACCACCCUGGGCACCGUGCCCGCGCCUGGCGCUUCCUCACCUACAUGUUCAUGCACGUUGGGCUGGAGCAGCUGGGGUUCAACGCUCUCCUGCAGCUGAUGAUCGGGGUGCCUCUGGAGAUGGUGCAUGGCCUGCUCCGCAUCAGCCUGCUCUACCUGGCAGGCGUGCUGGCAGGCUCCCUAACCGUCUCCAUCACCGACAUGAGGGCCCCGGUGGUGGGAGGCUCCGGCGGGGUCUACGCCCUGUGCUCAGCACACCUGGCCAACGUCGUCAUGAACUGGGCUGGGAUGAGAUGUCCCUACAAGUUGCUGAGGAUGGUGCUGGCCUUGGUGUGCAUGAGCUCCGAGGUGGGCCGGGCCGUGUGGCUGCGCUUCUCCCCGCCGCUGCCCGCCUCGGGCCCGCAGCCCAGCUUCAUGGCGCACCUGGCGGGCGCGGUGGUGGGGGUGAGCAUGGGCCUGACCAUCCUGCGUAGCUACGAGGAGCGCCUGCGGGACCAGUGUGGCUGGUGGGUGGUGCUGCUGGCCUACGGCACCUUCCUGCUCUUCGCCGUCUUCUGGAACGUCUUCGCCUACGACCUGCUGGGCGCCCACAUCCCCCCACCGCCCUGACCGGCUACCGGAGGCUGCAUAGGCCAGGGCUCGGCAUGUGGUGGCCGCCCACCAGGGGCCUUCACGUCUGCCCUUUGUGAACGGACAUCUCAGGGCUGCUGUGCCCCUUGGAUGUGGGUGGCCUCAGAGGAGACCCUGUCCCAGCCACACCCCUACCCCCAGGACUUGCGGUCUGAGCCUUUUUGGAUAAUUAAUAAAUAUUUUACAC